CUACUUUUCUAACCUACCUCUCUCUCUCUCUCUCCCCUCCUUCCCUGGCUGCUUCUCCCUCUCUCUCUCUCUAAACUUGCUUACCAGUACUACUACUUUUCAUGUUCUCAUCCUUCUACUUUUCAAGCACUUACGAACCAGAAACUUCUAAUUUUCUCUCUCAUCACCUGUCUCCCUCCUCUUCUUCCUCUUUCAGUUUCUUCCAUCACUAAUAUGAAUGCUUUCUUUUAAUAUUCUUAUCUAUGUGUAUAAAUAUCACCACUUUUCAAAUCUCCCUCAUCUGUGCCAGCUUCUUCCAUGAUUAAAGCCACUAUUAAUCUGCUCACAUCUUUCCCCAACAUAUAUUCAUGCUGUUUGGCCCUUUACUUUUCAUUUUGACAACCGAUAGUAUAUUCUACACUAAAUUCUAUGAGAAGAACUUAGUUGCAUAAUGAGAACACAUUGCUCUAGCCAACUUAGCUAAACUCAGGUUUGCGGAGCCCUAUACUUAUUAUCUUAUUAUGAUUUUCCCUUUGCCACCUUCUAGUUAAACGACUCUUCUUACUCUCUGUAGCUCAUGAGGUUCCGCAUAUAAUUCAAGAUGAAUAAGGAGCACAUAUAUUGGGUAGGGUCAUCCUAUAGUCAUGACCAAAAGACAUAAAGGUCGAUUGAAGUGUAGCGGGGAGAUCAAGAGAGACUCCCAUUUCCCACCUUUGUCUAUGGACACUGCUUUCCACCUCGAUGAAGGUUCUCGCGCCAAUUUCCUUCGACUUGUCAUGCAAUCUUUUGGCUGCUUUUACAUUUGCUUGUGGUCUUAUAUGCCACCUCCUUCUAAGUAUCUGCUUAUUCUUUCUCGAUGGUGUCUAUGAUGAAGAAAAUCAACCAAGCUCUUCUUCCGGCAGUUUGGCUCGGCGGCUUUUCGAUGAGUAUCGGCUAUCAGUUUUCAAAGUCUUCGAAAACGAGUGUGUUCCAGGAUUCGCUUUCAGGAAUAGUAUUUCAUUUGUGGAGUUGCAAGAAAUGGACCUACAAAGACUGGCAUCAGAUGAUAAACAGAGGCAAUUUUAUCAGGAAGCAAGGAUUAAGACUGCAGUUUUCAUGGGGUGCAAGAGUGGAGAAAUUGAGCUGGGCAUGUCCAAUGUGUGUCAAAUAAAUAUAAAAAGAGAAAUGAUGAGAACCUGGUUGCCAGAAGUUUUUCCAGGACAAUUAUCUCCACAUACAGAAGUUGCCAGCAGGUCAAUCAACGGUCAGCAACAAUAUCCACUUUCAUCAUCUUCAUCUUCUUUGAGAUCACUUUCCACAAUGGAUAGUCCUGAAUAUUCCUCCCUCCUCUUCAACAUUCCCACCACCACUACCACCAUUUCUCAUAACAUCCCAGAACUCUUUACACAAUUAUCUUCCAAUCCCUUGCAACCAAUCAAUAUUAGUUCAUUGGAACCUUUACCAACCAAAAAUCUCAUUACUACUACUUCUUCUACUAGUACUACUAGUCCUCAUCAACAAGCCAUUCAAGCAAUUUCUCGAAUCCGAAACAUCCAAUUCCCAACUCCGGAGAUCGAAGAUGCCACGAUGACAAGAGCCAUCCUUGCAGUUCUGUCUUCUUCUCCAUAUCAACCACCCCCACAAACUAAUCCACCUUCUUCUUCUUCUACUACUGAUCAUCACUUGCAAACUCCAAGGGCCAGUGCUUUCAAGAGUUACAACACCUCAGUUUUAGCCCCAAGAACGCAAAUGAGUGCUAAUUUACGCCAGCAAAACAUGCACAAGCGAUCCAUUUCCUUCUUGAGAAGCUUGAAUCUAACGAGGCUUCGCGAAGGUAUCCAAGCCACCCGCCCCACAAGCAGCCAGUUGCAUCAUAUGAUAUCAGAGCGCAAAAGGCGUGAGAAGCUCAAUGAAAGCUUUCAUACAUUGAAAUCACUACUUCCUCCGGGAACCAAGAAAGACAAAGCCUCAGUUCUUACAACUGCAAGGGAGUACUUGACUAGUUUAAAAGCUCAAGUUGCUGAGCUUAGCAAAAGAAACCAGCAGUUAGAGGCAAGGCUCUUGCCACUUGCCAGCUUAGGAGCUAAUGAAGCAGCAGCAGCAGCUGCAGGCUCCUCAAAUGAAAGAUGUAGUCUUACGGUUACGCGUGUAUCAACCGAAUCAUCCCCGGAUCAAGAUGAGCAAAUUAUUGACUUGCAAGUGAUUCUAAGAUCACAAGAGAGCUGCACCGAAGAUAUGGUGAUCCGCAUUUUGGAAUUCUUGAAGCGGGUUGAGAAUGUAAGCUUGAUGUCCAUGGAAGCCAAUACUUGGAUAUCAGAAUCAAAUUUUAACAUCAACCGCGUAAUCUUGAGAUUAAGAGUUGAUCAGGGAACUGAAUGGGACGAGGCUGCUUUCCAGGAAGCAGUGAGAAGGGUGGUUGCUGACUUAGUACGUAGGAUAGACUAGUCUUCUUUUUAUUAUAGUCGAAAUUGUAGGACUAGUCAAGAUUUUGAUAUAUGGAUUGCAUUCUGUGGGCACCCAUCGAUGCUUCCCAAUUUGAACCCCAUCACAUCCGGUAUAACCACCAUUCAAUUAGACGAUCAAACGUAUCAAUUUCAUUCAUUUCAUUGUGUUUAUUGACCAACAACUAAUAUUUUAUUUCUUCGAUUAAAAGUGUAGAAUACUUUUAAGAUUUUUUAUUUUUUUAUAGAAAGGUAACAAUUUUAAUGGUUUCUUUCACUAA